ACACAACAACCACCAACGAUGUCCUUCGUCGCCUCCGCGAACGGCCACGACCAGUUCCCCAUCGAGAACCUGCCGCUGGGCAUCUUCUCCCACGCGCCGUCGGGCCGCGACGCGCGCGUCGGCGUCGCCAUCGGCGACAGCGUGCUGGACCUGCGCGCCGCGUCGGCGAAGGGCCUGCUCGACGGCCUGGGCUUCGCCGCGGAGCGCGUCCUCGGCGGCGCGGCGCUCAACGCGUUCAUGGCGCUGACGCGGACCGAGUGGCGCGCGACGCGCGCGCGCGUCCGCGCGCUCCUCGCCGCGGGCUCGGCGCGCGAGGCCGCGGCGAGCGCGUGCCUCGUGGCGCGGCGCGAGUGCGCCAUGCACCUGCCCGCGGCCGUCGGCGACUACACGGACUUUUACUCGUCGAAGGAGCACGCGACGAACGUCGGCACGAUGUUCCGCGGCGCGGCCAACGCGCUCCAGCCCAACUGGCUCCGCAUGCCCAUCGGCUACCACGGCCGCGCGUCGUCCGUCGUGCCCUCGGGCACGCCCGUGACGCGGCCCAAGGGCCAGCUCCAGGUCGACAAGGCCGACGCGUCGAAGGGCGCGGCGCACGGCGCCUGCCGGCUCCUCGACUUCGAGCUCGAGGUGGCCUUCUUCGUCGGCGGCCCGCCGAACGCGCUCGGCGCGCCCCUCGACGCCGCGGCGGCGUCGGCGCGCAUCUUCGGCUUCGUGCUCUGCAACGACUGGUCCGCGCGCGACGUCCAGAAAUUCGAGUACGUGCCGCUGGGCCCCUUCGGCGCCAAGAACUUCGCGACGACGAUCAGCUGCUGGGUCGUGUCGCCCGACGCGUUGGAGCCCUUCCGCUGCGCGACGUCGGCCGGGGUCCAGGACCCGCCGCCGCUCGCGUACCUGGACGACCCGCGCUACGGGUCCUACGACGUCGCUCUGGAGGUCGCGCUGAAGCCCGCGGGCGCGGAGGCCUUCGCCGUCGUCUCGACGUCGAACCUGCGCCACCUCUACUGGACGCCGACGCAGCAGCUCGUCCACCACUCGGUCACGGGCUGCGACAUGCGCCCGGGCGAUUUGUUGGCGUCGGGCACGAUCUCGGGGUCGGCGCCGGGCGCGUACGGGUCCAUGCUCGAGCUCUCCUGGAUGGGCUCCAGGGACGUGGGCCCCCUCGCCGACGGCUCGACGCGCACGUUCCUCCAGGACGGCGACGCCGUGAAGCUCGCGGCGACGUGCCGCGGCGCGACGUACUCGCUCGGCUUCGGCGACUGCGUCGGCGCGGUGCUCCCCGCG